CUGGCGGGAAGGAGGCUGGCGCAAUGAUGGAGAAGCCUUGCUUACGGUCGCCGCCGGUGAAGGUCCUGGCUGCGCAGCUGAAGCGGUGUCGCCAGCUCCCCGGCGGUUCGUGGCUGUUGGACCGGGAAGAGUACGGACGUCCGGCGCUAGUUGUCUCUCUGGUAUGGAUGCAGGGCAAAGUGUUGACUGUAGAGCAGGAUGGCUCGACUGUGCGGCUGCUGGACGAGAGCGGCUCUUUCGUGGUUUCCGGCGUGGAGGGAGUCCCUAAGGGAAAACCUUGCCUCAGCCCUGGAAAUUAUGUGAUGGUGAUGGGCUUGGUGCAGGGUUGCAUCCCAGAACCUGUCCUUCAAGCCGUGAAGAUGACGGACCUUUCGGGCAAUCCCCUGCACAGGUGUAUGUGGGAGUUGGAAGUGGAAGAUUUGCAGAGAAGCCUUCUUUCGUAAAUGAAGCUGGCAUGGCAAAAUGGGAGUCAUUUGCUGCAUGUCUCGCCUGCAUGUCUCGCAGUGACAGAACAAGUGGGGUGGAAAUGCCUGCACUUUUUAGAAGCCAUGGAUUAUUUCCAACUGGAUUAAUUUGCACAAAAUAAUAUUUUAUAGUUAAGGGCUCAUGUUUUGUUGCAGAGAUAAAAUAUCCAUAUUGAAUACUUCAUUGCACCUUUGUGGAGUGCUCUUCUUUCUUCAGGCUGGACUUACAUUGAAGGAGUGUUGUGCUACAGAGUUUACUACAGACAUCUGACUUAAGACAUUACUGUUCAACAGAUAUGCAAAGACUGCUGUUUUAAAAUAGUGAUUCUGUCCACCCAAGUGAUUUACAAUUCUAGGAUAAAGCUGCUUUGAUAGCCAUGGAUAAUAUUAAUUUGAAGGCCUGUUUUUUAAGGCAUAGUUUCAUUUAAUGUUUCAAGUCAAAUUGAGUGGUGGAUAGCCUCCCCCCCUCCCCAUAAUAUAGCAAUACUUCAGGGAGACAAUUGAACGAUAAACUACAUUAUAAUAAAAUC